UGUAAUGCUACCUCGAUGGAAAAUAUAAAACUGAUGGGAGCGUUUUGGGCCGCUCGCAUAUCCAUGUGCAACUUCUCUCGAAACUAAGCGGCAUUUUUUUUUUUUACCGGAUAGUCGGAGGGUUGCCGAGCCCGGCUGAAGCCAGGCGCACAGUGUUGGCUGUCCUCUCUCUCUCUUCCAUUUUUCUCCUCUCCUCUGCUCAUCCUCCUCUGUUCAGUUUCUUCCUGUUAAAAAAAGAAGAAAAAAACUCCACGCUCUAAGAAUGACAGACUUAUUUCACCGCAUCAGCGACCGCCUUGCGUCUUUUUUCACGUCUCGGAGCCGCCGGACGCGCUGUCAAGAUCUCUAAAAGCUUUCUCUCUCUCUCUCUUUCUUUCAGUCUUCCCCCAAUCUCUCUCCCUCUCCCCCACCCUCCUCUGUCACUGUCUCGCUCUCUCCUGCAACAAAAACGAAUGCUCUCCCAUGGAGGUAGUACAACCACCUUGGGGACCGAAUGACCAGAGGGGUGAUUUUUCCAAGCAAGAGGAGCCCGUCAGCCAGAGACGCAUCGGGUGAAAUCGGAGCACCCCCCCCUCUCUCUUUCCCCCCCUCCUCUCCCCUCACCUCUUCCUCCUCCUCCUCUACCACCGCACCCCCGCCAGUUUGCUUGGCUCGGGUUGAUAUACAGUAGCCUACAUGGGGAUAUAGGGGGCCGGAGGAACCUGUAACUACCGCGCUCCACUUGUCUCCAUCCAUGUCUCGCCAAUGCUGCCCCGUGUCUCCAGAGGGAGCCGCAUUCAAAACCGACUCAGCUUUGGGUUACUAAAUGGUUUUCUGGGGGAGGAUUUCUAACCGGCGAGAUGCUGCUCAUACUCCUGCUGGCAGCCUUUUCUUCCUCCAUCUCCGGCUCCCUCUCCUCCUCCUCCCCCUCCGCGUCGGACGGACCCCACAUGGCGGACCCGUCCGUCUCGGACCUGAUGGCCGAGACCUGCAGCGUCUGCUCCUGCAUGUCCUUGGAGAACGUGCUGUACGCCAACUGCGAGAAGGUCACCGUCUACCGGCCCACGCAGCUCAUCCCGCCGGCCUCGUCCCUGUACCACCUCAACUUCCAGAACAACUUCUUGAUCAUCCUCUACCCAAACUCGUUCCUCAACUUCACCCACGCCGUGUCGCUGCAGCUGGGCAACAAUAAACUGCAGAACAUCGAGGGCGGAGCGUUCAUGGGGAUGAGCGCCUUGAAACAGCUGCACCUGAACAACAACGAGUUGAAGGUGCUCCGAGCGGACACUUUCCAAGGGAUAGAAAACUUGGAAUACCUCCAGGCUGAUUACAACUUGAUAAAAUACAUUGAAAAAGGAGCGUUUAACAAACUGCAUAGGCUCAAAGUGCUCAUUCUGAACGAUAAUCUCGUACAGGUAAUUCCUGACAACAUUUUUCGCUUUAAUUCGCUCACACACCUGGAUAUAAGGGGGAACCGGAUCCAGAAGAUUCCCUAUUUGGGGGUCCUGGAGCACAUUGGGCGUAUUGUAGAGCUCCAGCUGGAUGACAAUCCCUGGAACUGUACCUGUGAUUUAGCGCCUCUCAAGGCAUGGCUUGAAAACAUGCCCUAUAACAUUUUUAUCGGCGAGGCCAUAUGUGAAACACCGAGUGACUUGUACGGGCGGCUCCUGAAAGUAACCAACAAACAGGAGCUUUGUCCCAUGGGCACAGGAAGUGACUUUGAUGUCAGGAUGCCUCCGCCCGAUAAUGGGCAGUCGCCCUCUAUGUCACCAACCACUGUGGCUCCCCUAGCCACGAAAGCGCCAAAAAACACUGACCCAUCCAAGAUUUACGGUAAUGGCAUUGUGGCCGGUUUACCCCCUUUUGGAAGAAAUAGCCAGAUUAUAUCUUUUCCAAUGUCAUGUCCACAGCCCUGCAGCUGUAAAGCCCACCCUUCUGAUUUUGGCAUCAGCGUCAGCUGUCAGGAGAGGAAUAUACAAAGUUUAGGUGAUCUCCUUCCCAAACCCCAAAAUGCCAAGAAGCUUCACAUGAGUGGAAAUUACAUCCGUGACAUGAGCCCGGUUGAUUUCCAAGGGUUCGAGGGUUUAGAUUUGCUUCAUCUAGGCAGCAAUCAAAUUCUCACAGUACAGAAAGGUGUGUUUGCGAACCUUACUAAUCUGAGGAGACUGUAUCUGAAUGGAAACCAGCUUGAGCAGUUGCACCCAGAGAUGUUUUUGGGCCUCACAAACUUACAAUACCUAUAUUUGGAAUACAAUGCCAUAAAAGAAAUCUUAGCGGGUACAUUUGACUCCAUGCCGAACCUCCAACUCCUGUAUCUGAACAACAACGUCCUGCGGAGUCUCCCCGCCUACAUGUUUGCGGGUGUCUCUUUAGCCAGACUCAAUCUGAAGAACAACCACUUCAUGACCCUACCGGUGAGUGGGGUCUUGGACCAGCUGCGAUCAUUAACCCAGAUUGACCUGGAAGGGAACCCCUGGGAGUGCACCUGCGAUCUUGUCGCCCUCAAACUCUGGCUAGAGAAGCUAAGUGACGGAGUAGCUGCCAAAGAGGUGAAAUGUGCCUCCCCUCUGAAGUUUUCCAACAUUGAGCUGCGCCUCUUAAAAAACGAGAUCCUGUGUCCCAAACUGGUGGCAAGACCGCCGUUUAUUCUCACCGGCGCCACCCCGGUUUUGACCUCGGUGUCGCCCGCCGGAGUUGGCAAAGCACCACCGGGAGGGCCCGUGCCUCUCUCCAUCAUGAUCCUCAGCAUUCUGGUCGUGCUCAUCUUCACUGUGUUCGUGGCCUUCUGCCUUCUGGUCUUUGUCCUGAGGCGGAAUAAAAAGCCGGUGGGCAGGCAGGAGGUGCUCGGGAAUGAGGAGUGCGGCUCCAUGUCGUUGCAGCUCCGCAGGCACAGUCACAAAUCUGGCAAAAAGGGCUGCAUCCCAGGGGACGACCUGGGAGGCGAGACGUUCAUCCCGCAGACCAUCGAGCACAUGGGCAAGAGCCACACCUGCGGCAUCGGACGCUCCUCGGACAUGGACGCCGGGUUCAAGUUCGCCGACUCGCAGAGGCAGAAGAUCAUCCUCCGGAACAGCGCCGACAAGGACAAGGACUCGCUCUCGCUCUCGACGCUGGAGCGCAAUAAACGCCUCAGCACCAUCGACGAGCUGGAGGAGUUCCUCCCCCACCGCGAGCCCAGCAUGUUCAUCCAGAACUUCCUGGACAGCAAGAGAGAUUUCAACAGCAUAGGGAUGGGCGGCUACGAGAUCCGUUACCCGGAGAAAACGCUGGAUAAAAAGAUGAAGAAGUCGUCGCUGAUAGGCGGGAACCACAGUAAGAUCGUGGUGGAGCAGAGGAAAAGUGAGUAUUACGAACUGAGGGCCAAGCUCCAAGGAACGCCUGAUUACCUACAGGUGCUCGAGGAGCAGACUGUGCUGAGUAAAAUGUAGGGAUUGUUGUGUUGGGUUUAGUGCAUUGAUUACAUACACACACACACACACACACACACACACACACACGCAUACAGGCAGACAGGCAGCCAAACACAUCUGCCUUUCUCUGGUUUUAUGUCCCCCUCUGGCCACACACACACACACCAUUCAACUCCCAAGAUCUCUCGUUUUUCCUCUCUGCAGCUAUACACACACACACACACACACAUUUACACAUAGAAAAAGUGCCUUCUGGAAAUCCUUAAUGACCAAUGCAGAGAUGGACAAAAUGGCUCCACAGUACAAAAGCUAUUACUAGAAUUGGCGUGGAUCUAUUUCACAGUAAAAUACCUUUUGGAUUAUCCAUGCCACUACAUGUAUGAAUCCCACAUACAAAGACCGCAAGACACCCCAAUGAGCAACCAGACAGUCAUGUUAUAAUCUUUAUUUUUUGUUGUUGCUGCUAUUGAAAUGGGUACUUUUUGGCUCUCCUUCUUCUGUUAUUCCCAACCAAAUCAAAAGGGUCUUGAAAACAGUGCUUGAGAAUAUACCUCGCCGUCUUCAACCCCUCAUUUAAACAAAAAGAGAGAGACAACAAGACUGCACGCAGUUGUUCUUUUUUUUCUGGAAAGUAUCCCAAACCACCUCUUCUGGGAUCAGAUGAACAGAGUCGGUGACUCAAUGGAUGGUAUUUUUUUUGUUUUUGUUUUUUUCGCGGGGAUAUGUGUUUGUUCUUGGGAAUGCCCUCUGGAGUUGGAGGCAGACUCUCUGCCACCUUGUCUGGAUUACACAUCAGUAGCGGUACACCUGCUCCGGUUUCUUUUGUGCGGGGGGGCGGGGGGGAUUCCAUCACUUGUUCUCUUUGUGUAAGGAGCCAUGUUAAAUAUAGUGUCUUCUGAAUGGAGUUGUGUUUCUCUUCAAAGUUGCUACUUACAGUUCCUGUAUGUUUCGGGUAAAAUCUAACAGCACACACACACAAACACACACGGACUGUCAGAGGAUGUUGUUUCUGAAAAAUUAUAAAAACCCAAGGAUAAAAAAAAGAAUAGAAUAAUGAUCAUAACAAAACUGCUUGCUGUGUAAGCGUAACCUGGAAUUAAUUGUGUAAGUCUUACAUUAUUUGUAUCUGUGGGACUGGUUUGUAAAUUACAAGAAAGGACAAACAUCUACACACACACACACACACACACACACACACUGUACGACGAAGCAUCAUCAAGAGACUACAAACCAGAAUUGUCAAAACUAUAAUUCCACCGGUGAUCCACCUCCCCUUGUUAGCUCUCAAUUCGUAGUGAAAGAAUUAAAAAAACAUAGUUAAUUUAUUUUUCUAUGCAGAAAUUAUUAAAAAAAUUAUCGGUAUUAUUUAAAAAGAAGAAAAAAAAGACUAAAGAGAAGAAAAAAAAUUAUAAUACACACAGAGUGGAAAUGACUUGACAGAGGGACACAUCCGAGCUAAUUCCGGCCAGCAGAAGUGACCGUUGAGUCGAUUCAAGGGUUCUGGUUUCUCCCGGUUCACGGAGAACUCGACCCCGCCGGACGAGGGUUGUGAAAUGUGAUCUGUGAUGUUUCCUUUUCAUUGUGUCACACGACAAGACGAGGCCUGGUAGAAGUCUGUGAAGUCUCGAGCCGUUUCCUUAUUCUUAUAUCUCCCACAGUAUCUUGUCAAAUGUUUUCUUAUUAACAUUAUGCAACCAAAAUAAAUGUGCAUUAAACUUCGAUUAUGGUUCCAGAAUGGUUGGGAUUGGUGAAUUGAAUGGGGACGGAGGAAGGCGGCUAAUUGAAGCUCUAAAAUUGUUCGAUCCGGCAGAAUCAUAUCAUGAAACACCAUGUGCAAUAUUAGUAAAAGAAAAAAAAAUAAGAAAAAAGGAGAAAAAAAUCUAUAUUUGCUCGGUCAUGACGGCUUCAAACCAUUUUGUUUAAUUUAUCUAGUUUUGAGGUUAUAUUGUCAAGACAGGUUCUAUUUCGAAAAUUAUUUUCUCAACUUAACUCUAUCCGGUCCUUAUUUAAAGAAACAAGUAUUGUUACGUUGAACUUCUGAGUGUUUAUUGACAUUACAAAUUAAUAGAAUGUAUCUUGGAAAGUAUAAUAAAUAAAAUUUUCUAUCGGUCAUCAAUCCCCUGUAUAUUGGUUAAUUUUCUCUUGUAUAAUCAUGUUGAAAUCAAGGUAUUAAAAUCAGCACCUAUUUGCA